ACUCACACACACAUAUUCUGUCUCCCACGAAGGCAUCUGUUUCAGUCUGUCUCUCUGCGAGAUGCAGAACCAACAGAGAAGCGAAGGGGAGAAGAGGAGAGGGCUGGAAAAAGAGGCGAGGAGAGAAGGAUAAGACAGACACGAGUUGCUCGGAGAGAAUUGAAAAGUAAGACAAGAAGCAGGUGAACAGAGGAUGCAGGCAUCGUCCCUUGACAUCCUAAGCUGACUUUUCUCAGAGUUUGGAGGAUGACAGAUAAGCGGCGUCCCUCAGUCUGAACAGAAGCAUCUGUCGCUGAAGCCAUGGCCAGCGCUCAGCCAGGGGUCCAUGCGCUGAAACUCCAGCCUCCCACCGUCUCUCACACGCUGAGGAACGGAAGCAACUUCAUAAAAUGGGACGAGGAUCUGUCCACUGUGACUCCUGUGACUCUUCAUGUGGAUGCACACGGACUCUACCUCUACUGGACGGACCAGAACAAGGAGACCGAGUUGUUGGACCUGUCCCAUGUGAAGGAUGUCAGAACAGGCAGGAGCACCAAAACUGCAAAGGAGGCCAAACUGCGGGAGCUGCUGGAUGUGGGGAACCUGGUUGGCCGGCUGGAGAAUCGCAUGGUUACCGUGGUUACAGCUUCAGACCUGGUAAACGUCAACCAGCUCAUCUUCAUUGCUUCACAGGAGGACGAAGCGAAGGUCUGGUGUGAAGAAUUGUUUUCUCUGUCUUCCAAUCUGCUGAGUCACAAUCUCAACCGAGACCAGAGUCUUCUGAAAGCAUACGUGAAGCUGACCCUCCAGCCGAACCCUGACGGCAGGAUCCCAGUAAAGAACAUCGUUCGGCUGUUUUCAUCAGACAGGAAGAGAGUGGAGAAUGCCCUGGAGAGCUGCAAGCUGCCGUAUGGACGGGGCGACAGCAUCAAGUUGGAGGACUUCUCUCAGGAGGUGUACAGGAACUUCCUGGAGUAUUUGUGUCCUCGCCCAGAGCUCAGCAGCAUCUUCAAACAACAAGGCGACAGCAGCGGCACCAUGUCGGUGGACCAGAUGACAGACUUCAUCAACAACCGGCAGAGAGACCCUCGACUCAACGAGAUCCUCUACCCUCCGCUGAGACCGGUGCAGACGCACUCACUGAUGGAGAGGUUCCAGCAGGACCAGGCGCUGCUGGAGCAAGGUGGGAUCUCUCUCCAGGCCUUCUCCAGUUAUCUGUCCAGUGAUGAGAACGGAGUGAUCCCCCCUGAAAAACUGGAUCAGUCUGAAGACAUGAGCUUCCCACUCUCCCACUACUUCAUUAACUCCUCCCACAACACGUACCUGACAGCUGGUCAGCUGGCAGGAAGCUCCUCAGUGGAGAUGUACCGCCAGGUUCUCCUGGCCGGCUGCCGCUGCGUGGAGCUAGAUGUGUGGAAAGGACGGACUGCUGAGGAAGAGCCGGUGAUCACACACGGCUUCACCAUGACGUCAGAAAUCCCCUUUAAGGAAGUCAUCGAAGCCAUUGCAGAGUGCGCCUUUAAGACCUCACCGUUCCCGGUCAUCCUGUCCUUCGAAAACCACGUGGACUCAUUGAAGCAGCAAGCUAAAAUGGCUGAAUACUGCCGCUCCAUCUUUGGUGAUGCUCUGCUCAUCGAUCCUCUGGAAAAAUAUCCGCUGGAGUCUGGCGUCCCUCUACCCAGUCCUCAGGAGCUGAUGGGCAAAAUUCUCAUCAAAAACAAAAAAUCCCACAAACCCUCCAACAUCACGGACACAAAGAGACUAGUGGACCAACCUGCCAAUCAGAGCAACGAGCCAGUGUCUCCUAGCAACAACACAGGAGCAGAAAUGGAGGCUGAGAGUGAAGAGGAUGAUGACGAUGAAGAUGAUGAUGGUAAAAAGGGCUCAGAUGAGCGAGAAGCCGUGGCCACAGAGGAGAUGUCGACUCUGGUGAACUACGUCCAGCCGACCAAGUUCAACUCCUUCGAAGCCUCCAAGAAGGCAGCCCGCUGUUACCACAUGUCAUCGUUUGUGGAGACCAAAGCUCUGGAGCACCUCACCAAGUCACCAGUGGAGUUUGUGGAGUAUAAUAAAUCCCAGUUGAGUCGAAUUUAUCCCAAAGGUACCCGAGUGGAUUCGUCAAACUUCAUGCCGCAGCUGUUCUGGAACGCCGGCUGUCAGCUGGUGGCGCUCAAUUACCAGACUAUCGACUUCUCCAUGCAGCUGAACCUCUUCAUGUUCGAGUACAACGGCCGCAGCGGCUACAGGUUGAAGCCGGAAUUCAUGCGACGCCAUGACAAGCACUUUGACCCGUUCACCGAAAACACUGUGGACGGCAUUGUCGCCAACACCCUGUCUGUCAAGGUCAUCUCUGGCCAGUUUCUGACUGAACGCCGGGUGGGUGUGUACGUGGAAGUGGAGAUGUUUGGACUUCCUGCCGACACCAGAAGGAAAGCCCUGAAGACUAAAACCUCUCAGAAUAACAACGCUAUCAAUCCAGUGUGGGACGAGGAGCCAAUCAUGUUCAAGAAGGUAAUUCUUCCGACUUUGGCUUCUCUAAGAAUCGCAGCUUUUGAGGAAGGAGGGAAGUUCAUCGGCCAUCGCAUCAUCCCUGUUUCAGCCAUAAGACCAGGUUAUCGUUACAUCGGCUUGAGAAAUGAGAAGAACCAGUCUCUGAUUCUACCCGCCGUCUUCGUCUACAUUGAGGUGAAGGAUUACGUCCCGGACACGUUUGCAGAUGUGAUCGAGGCUUUGUCCAACCCGAUCCGCUACGUCAACCUGCUGGAGCAAAGGUCCAAACAGCUGGCCGCCCUGACUCUGGAGGACGGUGAGGAGGAGGCCCAACCGGAGGAGGAGUCCAACAGCACAGUGGAGCGGAAGAGCGAUAUCAAGUCUGCCCCAGUGGAGAACGGACUGAACCCCAGCUCAGGGCCGACGGGUCACACCCCUGUAGCCACCACACCCAAAGCUUCAGCAGCCAAUCAGCAAGUGACUCAGACAGAUGCAAGCAAACCAGCUACGAAGAAUGAAGACCUGGUCUCCAGUGUUUUAAUAGAUGUGCCAGCGUGCAAAGUGGAGACUCUGCAGCAGUCCAAGGUUUACCUGAAGGAGCAGCGACGGCAGUUUAAGGAGCUGAAGGAACUGGUGAGGAGACACCAGAAGAAAACCUCGGAGCUCCUCCGAGACUUCAACAACAAGUACAAGAAGACGGCCAGACAGUGCAGUAAGAGCAGAGCUUCGCACUCAGACGCAGAGAAAGACGAACGCCUUCGGCAGCUGAGAGAUGAGCAGCAGCAGCAGCUUCUGGCUCUGCGGCAGGAACAGUACUACAGUCAAAAAUACCUGCAGAAGGAACACAUUAAAACGCUAACAGAGCGACUGGCUAGUUUGGCAGAGGAGAGUCACAGCACCCAGAUGAAGAAACUCAAAGACAUGUGCGACAAGGAGAAAAAAGAGCUGAAGCGACAGAUGGAUCGAAGGAGAACAGAAAAGAUCAACCAGGCGAAGACCAAAGAGAAACAUCUGGCAGAAGAGGAGAAGAUCGAGAUCAAUAAGUCGUACGUCAAUGAAGUGGUCCAGAACAUAAAGCGGCUUGAGGAGACGCAAGCCAAGCGGCACGAUCAGCUGGUGGAGCAACACAACGACCUGCUGCAGGAGAUUCAAGACCUGAAACCAAAGCUGCAGGGUGCCAUUGAGACAGAGUUCCAGGAGAAGUUUGAUCGCCUGCCCGGAGAGAUUCGAGACUUUCUGCAGGACAGAAAGUCCAGACCCUCGACUCCCAACGAGACUCUGUCUGAGGAUGACUGAGGUCGAAGAGGGUGGAGCGGUAGAGGUAAACAAUCCUCACCUGUGAUGAGACAAAGCAAAAUACGAAGAGAAGACUGUUAUGAUUCUUUUUUUCAGUAUGAAUGCUUAUUUUUGUCUUCUGUUUGACGCAUGCACUUUACCUUGAUUAAUUCAGCAUUAAAUCUUGUUUAAUAUAGACACCCGCUUUACUUCAAUAAUACAUCCAUUUUAACUUUUUUUUUAGUCAGAAUCAUCCGAUAUUAGUCUUGUGUUAACUAUGGCUUUGAGUACUUCUCCUUCAAACUGAUCAGGAAUGAAGAUUAAAAAUAAAAAGCUAAGAUGUGUUGUGUUCUACAUGAUAUGUCAGAACAUUUUCAACCAAAGGUAUUACUUCCUUCUUUUCCUGGUUUAAAUGGCAGCUUUAACAUAUUGGAAAUUACAAUUAAGGUUUCUUUAUUGUUUUGUUUUUUUAUGUGGCGGUUUAUUACUUUUUCAUCAAAAAUAUUGAGGGGUAAAAACAGUUUCCAAGUCGGAGUCAUGGCUUAUUUACUGACCGCUGAUUAUCUAUUUGUAUUUAUUUAAAAAUGGAAAUCAGUCAGAGAGUAUAUUAAAUUAACAUGCAUAGCAAAAUGACUGUUAACUGCUGUUUUGGAGGGGUUUUCUUUUUUACUUGUGAUUAAGAAAAAAAAAACAUCUUAAUCUAAACUCAGAAUGAGUUUAAGUAUAAGCUUAUUCACAUGAUAGUUGAGAAGAAGUGUGUUGUUAUGUUGAGCGUGGGAUUGGCAGGCUCAGCCACAUGUUAAAGGUCCAACUGAAAAGUUAAGAAUGAAUCAGCUCAAGGGAAUGACCCCAAGGAAGUGAAAAACGGUACUUAAUCCAACUAAAUACAUUUAAUACAAACUUAAAAUCUGUGGUCAAGACUUUAAGGCCAAGAGAGUUAUUUUUUGGGGAACCUUGCGCACAAGGAAUGCUGGGGUUUGCCAAUCUGUACAGGAUGUCCCCCAUCUAUCACUGUGUAUUCAACUCCAGUGAAGCGAGGAUGAUGAAUGCAAUAUAAAUAAAAUCUCGCCAGGUAAAAACCGAUUUCUUUUUUAGGGUUUUUUUUUUAAUGUAUGACCCAGGCUGGAAAGCCUUGUGACAUUCCUGAGUCUUUUUCCAUGCAAUUUGAAGCAUUAACAAUGAAUUGUUUCAGGGCAUUUUUGUAUAAAAUUGUAUGAUGAAAUGUAUUUUGAGGUUCAUCUGUGUAUUUUCCAUGUUGCAGUCGGUACAAUAAUGAAAUCUGCAGCCGUAGACAUCUCUUCAAGAGAAUGGAAUCAAAUGUAAAUAAACAAUUGUCACAUGACCAUGAACAGGAACCGACCAUUCGAGGAGCUCCUGUGGUCUUCUGUGUCACAACAAGUUUGGGUUUUUGUUGCGUGAAAAGUGGCGUUGAUUUUCUGACUGACUGUCUUGAAUGCACUCAGCAUGUGUUACCUUGAGCAUGAUUUGCUGUCAUGGGUUCUCUUCAUGAUUUUGACAGAAUGCUACCUUGAAACAGAUUGGUUGCUAUUAAAAUGUUUUUGAACUUG